UCUCUCCUCUUCUCUCUCUCAUAAUUUUUGUGUUUUAUUUUUAUAUUUUUCUAAUUUUCUGCACCACUUGCGCUUAUAAAGCAAGGGGAUCUACUCAUUUCUUAUUUCCUCUUUUUUCUAAAAAUUAAUUCAUUAAAAUAAAUUAUUUAUAUCAUUCAUUUCUAUUUAUAUAUUUAUAUAUUAUUGCUCUCUCUCUAGAGGUGUACGAUGUUGCGUAUAAAAUAGGGUUGACUAAAAGUAAAUUCCCAAAGAGAAUUAAGAGAUUGCGAAGUAAUGAUGGGAGUGAGAGGAUUGGUCUCGUGCGAGGUGCACAGUUUCUCACGUGUGGUGAUUGAGCUUAGUUUUCAACUUUGAAGCUGUGAAAGGAGUGUUAAUAUUUUGGAGAGAGAAAGCAAAGCCUGCAAAUUUACCAGCUUUUCUCAGAGAGAGUAUCAUCAUCUUUUUCAGGCGUGUUGGCUGGAUUCCGGCAGGUUUUUUGCGGAUUCUGGCUGUUUUUCCUGCCCCUGCUUCACUGGGUUUUCUCUCGAGCGAGAUAUGAGAGAGAAAAUGUUGAUUUUGAGGUUUCAUGGUGGCCUCUAUGGAAUACAUGGAUCUUGAACUUGAAUAGCUCCUCUAUUAUGCCUCUCUGAUUUGGGGAUGGUUAAAAGAAGGGAGAUUUUUCUUGGCUGGAUCAUACUGUGAGGGAUAUAAUUCCUGCUUUGUGUGGAGAAAUUCCGGAUGACCGUGGUCGCGGUCCGGAGAAACAAUCUCAGAAAUGAAGUUUAUGAAGCUAGGAAAUAGGCCGGACACCUUCUAUACCGCUGAGGCUGUAAGGUCAGUCUCCUCAGAAGUGACCAGUGAUUUAGUUAUACAAGUUAGAACCAGCAGAUACCUGCUACACAAGUUCCCCCUUCUCUCUAAAUGCGGUCGCCUUCAAAAGUUCUGCAUUGAUCAAGAUACCACUCAAGACCCGAUUGAGCUCCCUGACUUCCCUGGAGGGGCAGAGGCAUUCGAACUAUGUGCAAAAUUUUGUUAUGGAAUCAUCAUUACUCUCAGUGCUCUUAACAUAGUUGCAGUGAGAUGUGGAGCUGAAUACCUCGAAAUGACAGAGUCGAUAGAAAAGGGGAACCUCAUAUACAAGCUUGAUGUUUUCCUCAAUUCUUGUGUUCUUCGCGGUUGGAAAGACUCCAUUAUUGUUUUAUCAAGAACCAAAGGCUUUCCUCACUGGUGUGAAAGUCUCAAGAUCACCAGUCGAUGCAUUGACUCCAUUGCUUCAAGGGUUUUAAUGAACCCAUUAAAGAUUAAUUGGUCUUUUAGUCAUUCUAAAGGGAGAGAAGAUAUCCAUGAAAGAGAAAUUAAUGGAACGGAGAGCAGGCGCCAUAGGCCCAAUUCAAAAGGUUGGUGGGCUGAGGAUUUGUCAGAAUUAAGCAUAGAUUUGUAUUGGAGGAUCAUGGUAGCCAUUAAAUCUGGUAACAAGGUCCCCCAGGAGCUUAUAGGUGAGGCUUUGCAAGUUUAUGCUUAUAGAUGGCUUCCUGGUUUCUCUAAGGAAAAACCCAUAUCAGAAAAAAGCCCUGAAACUCUAAAUGGUGGAGAUAUUACAUCGAAACAUAGGCUACUCUUGGAAACUAUAGUGAGCUUGCUUCCUAUAGAGAGAGGUUCUAUUUCUUGCAGUUUCUUACUCAAGCUUAUAAAGGCAGCAAACAUACUCUCUGUGUCUCAGUCUACCAAGAUGGAGCUGGCUAGGAGAGUCGGGCUUCAGCUUGAGGAGGCCUCGGUUAGUGAUUUGCUUAUUCCCUCUCUUUCCCACUCUAAUGAGAUGCUUUAUGAUGUUGAGAUGGUUCAAAGGAUAGUGGAGAAUUUCAUGUUGCAAGCUCAAAGCCCACCUGUUAGUCCUCCAAGAACAAGGCGUGAAUUUUAUGAGAAGAGAAGGUCAAGAUCAGCUGAGGACUUGGAUUUUCAGGAGAGUAGGAGAGCUUCUUCGGCCUCUCAUGGUUCGAAGCUAAGGGUGGCAAAGCUUAUUGAUUUGUAUCUGCAGGAGAUUGCAAGAGAUAUAAACUUGCCAUUAGAGAAGGUGAUUGAACUUGCAGAGGCAGUGCCCGACUUUGCUAGGCCAGAGCAUGACGAUCUCUACAAAGCUGUUGAUAUAUAUCUGAAGGUGAGAUGCUCUCUCUCUCUCUCUCUCUCUCUCUCUCUCUCUCUCUCUCUCUCUCUCUCUCUCUCUCUCCACACACACACACUGACAGAAGGCUCUCUGAGAAUUUGGCUUUUGUUGAAUCAUCCAGUGAAACACACUUCAGUAGUAAUUAUUUGCAAUGGAUGCUCAGUUUUCCUUACCAAUGAGGAGAACUAUUGGGAAACUUCUGACUUAAACCAAACACUUCAUUUUUAAACAAACUAUACCAGUAUUCUGAAAUCCAAAAACAAAACAAGUUUUGAGGAAGAGUUCCUAUGUCCUUUGCCUAAUUUCAAAAGAACUUUGUUUCUAAUGAUAGGAAAUAGGAAAGUUCUGUCAACCAACCUAGUCUGAUAUGAAAUUAAACGUUCUAUUGAACACUGGUCCUUAAUUUUAGCAGUCAAUUUAAUUUUACACCAUAUUGAGUUCGAAAUGGUGGCCUCAAGGUUGUGACUUUGACACAACUGUUUGAGCUAUGAGCUUGAACCCAUUUCUAUUUUUGAUAAUAUAUUGUUUGUGGCCACAUUUAGUAUUUCAUAUAUUGGCCUUAAUUUAUGGUUUGGAAAUUCUUUUUUGUUCUGUUAGAAAUAUGGAAUUUGGCUGGAGGUCAUUUGAUGCAAUUCUUUAAAAUAUCCCAUAUAUUGAAAAAGUAAUAGAAAAAGAAUCUGAUAGACACUUUUGCGUUUUUCAAACAAAAAAUUUUCUUUUGAAUUCAUGAAGAUCAGAACUUCACGAUUUAUGACAACUAAGUGGAUCAAGUACAGAGCUAAUUUUAGCGUCUAAAAUUUCAGCUGAAACAUUUGUUACAAUUAGAUUAGGCGGAAUCUCGAUUACUAAGAUUUGCAGACUAAUUGUCCCAUUAGAAGAAAAGUGAAAUGGAAAAAGAGAAAAAGAAAAAGAAAAAUAACAACUUUAGGCAGUUCUCUCUACUAAACCAUACGAGGGCCAACUUUAGAUGAAGAGAAGAACCUCCUGGAUUGCAGCAAAGCCAUGGAUCUAAGUUUGCUAAAAGGGGAGUCCAAAAUUAUAAAGGCUUCGGUUGUCCGGGAAUACAAAAAUUUUGAAAAAUCUAAGGAGGCGAUAUGAAUGAGAGGGCAUGAGGCUUGUAUGACAGUGAGAUGAUUGGGGGUGAAGAAGAUUCACUUUCUGUAAAUAAAUAUUUCAUCUAUUUAGUUGGAAGAUUUUUUUCUCAAAUAUGAGGUAAAAAUGAGGAUUGCAGGGAGAGCUCUUCCCAAUUUGGGUAUAAAAAAUUUGAAAUCAUUGAGAUACUUCAUUUCCAGGGAAGAGUAUCUUAAAAAUUGUCAAGGGCUCAAUCGGGUUGGGUCCCCAGAUCUGACAGGUUGUCCUUACUACUUAGUUUAUGGACUCAGCCGGUUAGGGCCAGGUCUAGAAGUAUGGAACUGCCCAACAGGUAUGCCUGUCAAUCGGGUUGGGUCAACUUCCAGACCCAACGAAUUGAUACGACUUGGGUUCCUGGUCUAGCUUUUGGGCAAGUUAGGUCCAGAAGCAUGGACUUGAGAGUCGGGUUAGGUUUGAAUCCAACUUGGACCUAACCAAGUUGGAUUUGGAUAGGGUCGAGCAUGACCUGACCAGUUAUUUUCUAAAUAUAAACGUACAUGUAUAGACCUAGACCCAACCAGACCUAAUGGGUCAAAUCUGGUGCGAUCAACUAAAACCAGAGGUCUGGGUCGGAUAUACACCCACUCCAUUUAUACAUAUCAUGUCUCACCCACUCCAUUUAUACAUAUCAUGUCUCUUUUGAGGGUUACUUUCAAAUCAAAAGAUAUAGGUAAAAUGCUAAGUAAUUCAUCUCCUAUACAUGUUAUGAUUAAAUUUCCCCAAAUAAAUUGAACAGAACAACCAGCAUAUUCAGAGAUUACUGAUAAACAAUACCCAUGAUUUCAAUGGUAAAGUUAUGCGUGUAGGAUGCGUGAAUGAUCAAUGUCACGUUUGUUUCUUGUUGAAGCAGGGAGCCUCGGGAUAUUUCGUUUAGAGAGAGCUUUUCCAUCAUUCCGAAAGCACUUUUACACCUAAAUAAAUAUUUGUUGUUUUUAUCACGAAAAUUUAUAAAACGUGAGGGAAAAGCGAGGAAGAACUUUGCCAACUGCUAUGCUUUCGUAGAAAACAAACAUGGGAAAGUAGUAGUACCACAUGGAGAUUUAGGGGUGGCAAUGGCCCUACCCAAUAGGUUUCCAUAGGCCCAGACCCGACCAGGUUUCUGCUAGGCCUGUACCCGAUCCGGUUUCCUCUAGGCCCGAACCCUACCCAGUCUUGGGUCAAGUACAAGUAACUUGGACCCAGACGUGGACCUAACUCAAGCCAAGUAGAAGUGAUUUGGACCUGGGUCAAGUCCCUAUCAUCUGGACCGGGGCUCGAGUCUAGAAAUUAAAAAAUAUGAAAAGAUAUUUUGUAAAUUAUUUAAUAUUAUAUUUGUAUAUUUUAUAUGUUUUAUGUUAGAUCGGGUUAGACCGGACCCACACCCAUACCUGGACCCGACCCACCGGGUAUACGACCCGAACCCGGACAUGGAACCGGUAUGGGUCGGCCCAACCUCAUUGACAUCCCUAUUGAGGAAAAACUAGUGUUUAAUACAAUAGUUGUAUCAUAGUAUAAUGCAACUACACGUCUAGAAAAUCAUGUUUAUGGUAUUUGUAUGACUCAAAAUUUUACACACACAUUUUCUUCAUCUCAAUAAUCAAUCCCAAAAAAAAAAAGGUUCGAUUUGGAUUCUAGAUUUGGUUAAAAUGAAUCCCUUCCAAUAAUGAAUAUAGACCAUUCAUUUGGUUAAUUUCAAUAUCUUAGCUUUUACAAAUUCA